ACCGAACGCUUGCGAGCAAUUCGCGUCUCGUGCCCAAGCAAUACAUAGCUGCCACAGAGAGCUGCUACACGUCUCACCCAUCAAGGUCAACACUUCACUCAUUAUGUCGACUUGCCCACACGCCACCUCGGCUAAUAUCCACCCACCGCGUCCGAGCGACUCCGUCUACCGUGAAGACUGCACCCUCUGCUUCGACAGCGUCGACCAUCCCGCCGGCCUGGACGUUUGCCUUCACUGCUACAACGGCGGCUGCUCCUCCGAGCGCGUCCAUGGCCGCAUCCACGCCCAACAGGCGCAACACCCUCUCGCUGUCAACAUCAAGCGCACACGCAAGCGGAAACAGCGGCCCGAGGGCGAACCACCGGAGAAGAUUAGCAAGCUCGCUAUCCAUGCUGAGACGGAGGAGGAGCGGUACGAUGUGCAGACAGACGUACAUUGCUUCGAGUGCGGAGUGGAAGGCAUCGAGGGGAAGGGCAAAGUCGGGGAAACGGUGGAUGGGAUCAUGAAGGCUAACACGUUCGCAAAGCAGGAGGAGGUGAAGGCGUGGGAGCAGGAGAUCACAGCGUGUGAGCAUACCUUGUGUUUGGAGCAAGAGCCGAGCAGGGAUAUACCGAGCGGUGACCUUGGGCACUGUAGUCAGUGCGAGCUGAAGGAGAACCUGUGGUUAUGCCUAACGUGUGGCAACCUCGGGUGUGGGAGACAGCAGUGGGGUGGCUUAGGCGGGAAUGGGCAUGGCGUUGGGCAUACCAAGACUUCCGGGCACCCGGUCGCAGUCAAGCUUGGCUCGCUUACCGCAGACGGCAGUGCGGAUAUAUACUGCUACUCUUGCGACGAAGAGAGAGUAGAUCCCGAACUUGUACCGCAUCUUAAGAACUGGGCCAUUGACAUCGCCGAUCGUGUCAAGACUGAGAAGAGCAUGACAGAGAUGAACAUUGAGCAGAACCUUACGUGGGAGUUCAGCAUGGCAGACGAGCACGGAAACAGGAUGGAGCCCAUGUUCGGCGGUGGCUUUACAGGACUAAAAAACCUGGGCAACAGCUGCUACCUCAACUCCAUCCUGCAGUCGCUGUUCGCCAUGCCAGAGUUUGCAGGACGAUAUUACAGACCAGACGAGCCGGUGCCGCCCAUAUCCAAACCUGCGGAGGACCUUGAAGUCCAGCUACGGAAGCUUGCAGACGGUCUGCUGUCGGGGCGGUACAGCAAGCCAGACUCGGAUGUACAGGCUUCAGAGGACACGGAGGAGAUACCGUGGCAGAGAGGUCUGGCGCCUGCCAUGCUCAAACACCUGGUUGGGCGAGGUCACGCCGAGUUCAGCACGAUGCGCCAGCAAGACUCUUUCGAACUGCUCCUUCAUCUGCUCAAGCUCAUCACAAGAUCUCAAGCGGGCGCUCGAAGCCAGCACAAAGACAUUGCCGAUCCAGUCGAAGCAUUCCGCUUCGUGAUGGAGCAAAAGCUGCAAUGUCUGCAUUGCGGCAAGGUAAAGUAUCGUCAAGACGAGAUGGAGAACCUAUCAGUUGCCGUACCCAUCAAGCGGUUACCAAAGUCCGACGACGUCGCCAUGACAAACGGAGACAAGGACGACAAGAAGGCCGGAGACGAGUUCGAGCCGGUGACGCUAAAGCAGUGCCUAGAUGACUUCACCGCGCCCGAGACAGUAGAGCUUACGUGCUCCGCAUGCAAGCAGUCCGGCUUCAGCAAGCAAAGUCUCUUCAAGACCUUCCCCAACAUCUUGGCGAUCAAUGCACGGCGGUUCGAGAUCGUCAACUGGGUGCCUACGAAGCAAGACGUACCUGUCAUUGUUGAUGACACGACUUUUGAUCUCGAGGCAUAUCGCAGCAAAGGCAAGCAGUCGGGCGAAGAAGAACUACCUGACGAUCAGGAAGCGAGCAGCAGUGCAGCCGCUGCGUUUGCGCCAAAUGAGACGGCGCUCGAGAUGCUCAUGUCGAUGGGCUUUCCGCGUGUGAGAUGCGAGAAGGCAUUACAUGCCACCGGUAACGCAGACGCUGAGGUGGCAGCCGCGUGGUUGUUCGAGCACAUGGAGGAUGCUGACAUCGACACUCCUUUGGACCUUGGCGGCAGCUCAAUUGGUGGUGUGGCUAGCUCAGCAGUGGAUCCGGAGAAGAUUGAGAAUCUGGGCAAUAUGGGCUUCAGUGCCCCGCAAGCCCGGCAAGCACUCAAAGAGACGGGAGGGGAUAUGGAGCGAGCAGUCGACUGGCUGUUCUCUCAUCCAGACGCUAUGGGCGACUUCGGCGACGAUGAACAGCAACCUAGCAGUACCACCAACGCAUCUGCUUCAGCAGCAGCAGGCGCUAUGGAAGACUCGAAGCCUGCGAAGUACGGACUGAGAUCAAUCGUGUGCCACAAAGGCAGCAGUAUUCACGCGGGGCACUACGUUGCUUUCGUAAAGAAGACAUUACCGGAGUCUGCGGAAGGGAGGGAAGGUUGGGUGUUGUUCAACGAUGAGAAGGUGGCGCUGGGCAAGGACGCCGAGGAGAUGAGCAAGUUUGCUUACAUUUACUUCUUCCGGAGGGAGAUAUAGCGGAUGCAUUUGACAGCGGGCUGGUAUUCGCAUAGCGUGAGAGGGCAUUAGUGGAGUUGCAGAGCCACGCUCGGAGCAUGCAUAUAGCGGUAUAGUGACGUUUCGACACGGCGGUCUGGUUGCAUUGCAGAGACGCAUGGUAAGGCGCGGGCGCCCGAUGUGUCGUCCAGCAACACAAUUACAACGUCAGUAGCUCGCUGGAAGGAGACUACAACCGUUUCGAAUAACAUUGUCGCAUGCUUGGCGUCUCUGCUUCGCGGAGUCGCUCAUAGCAAUUCGGACACUU